AUGCUCAACAUCGACGACGUAGACGACCCCAUCGUGAUCGAAGACUUCCACGCCAUUCUCGUCAAAGUGUGGAACAGGAGGGGGAUAUCCCUUCUGUCGCAUGCGGGCACGGUGCUCCAAAAAAUCGUCGGAAAACCUCUCAGCGACUACUACUGCGAGAAACACGACAUCUUGCCGGAAGAGCAGUGCGCCUUCCGACCUGGCAGGUCAACCGUCGACACGAUGUUCGUCGUUCAACGACUGCAGGAGCUGUCAAGGAGACGGAAUAUCCCUGCUUCGUCGACCUCCAGAAGGCCUAUGACUCAGUCGACCGGGCACUACUAUGGCAGGUGCUGGCCUGAGCGGGGAUCCAAGGAAAUGAUCGCGGACAUCCGCCACUUCCACAUAAACUAUAUAUGUAAGGCCAUUUGUUACGAUGCCUUUCUUGAGGCUGUCUUUUUUUCCCGAAAGAGAAGACCCAAAAAUUACAACAAGAAAAAGAUGGCCCCUGUGCUGCUACGUCUUUUUCUGAAGGUGGGGUUUCUUGAUGAUUUUCACCGGCGUUCGGCGUGCGGGAGCGAACUAAUUUUUGAAUUUCCGCCAUCACCCACGCCACAGACCGCGCACAGCACAAAACACAACGCCCUUCUGCACCCCUUCCACUGCACACAGCCACAUCCCGUAAAGCAGACCAUUGAUGCUAUGAAACUAGAUGGCGUACAGUCUCUCCCGCUGAAGUUCAACUCGUACGCCGAGGCAGUGAUUUCGAUGCUGCGGGACAGGAGCUCCGGCCUGACGGACGCCAAGUUGCUGAAGCACCUCCAGAACGGGUGCAUCGUGUACGCGUGCUUGGCGGUCAAGCGCAACGCCGGGAUUGUCUCCACACAGGCCAGGCACGCGGCAGCGGCGCAGGGGUACAAGGACAUCGCUGUCCCUGGCUUCAUCAAGCGGCUCCAGGAAAACUUGGACAAGGAGGAUUUCUUCUUGCAGCCGUGGCUCACGUGCGAGGUCAUGGGGAAGUCGUCUAUGAAGGGAGGCGCGGUCCUCUUCACCGACGGCGAAAAAUUGUGGAAGCGGUUCGACAAAAUCCUGCGCGAACAAGAAAUACUACAACCCCGUGUGGGACAGUUGUUUUCGUCGAAGGACAACCUGGGGACCAACUACCGUCGGGCAGCCAAGACGAAGACGCCAUCGAGUACCUUCUGGACGGAGUCUACCACAUGGAAUCCGGAACGGGGAACGCAGAGGACCCGAUCGAGUUGGAAGAGAGGGGUGGCGGUGAGGGAGAGGGUUCGGAAGAUGACUCUGGGGAAUCGUCACCGACGGAGAGCGAGGACGGCGGGAGUGGAAAGCAGAAAGGAACGGAGGAAGCAGUGGAGCCACAGGAAAGCAGCGGUGAUGACUCACCGGCGGGGGAGGGGGGGAUGAAGAAGGAGCCAGAAGACGAUACGCCGGGCAACGGGGAUGAUGCCCCCUCCGAAGAAAUCACACGAGAAGAGGGCGGGUUUCCGCAGAGGCCCAACAAGUGGAUGCACCAGUAUCUCCUGACAUUCUGUUUGAUCGGAAGGCCAUGCAGCAGCGAGGACCCUGACCUCCGAACCGCACGCAAAACAUCCGGACCCAAGGGUCGCGGCGCGUCCGGGGCCAAGGGUCGCGGCGGGAAGCAGAAGGCGAAGAAAGGGUCACCCGGCACCAGCGACGAAAGCGGGUCGGAGGCGAGCGGUGCGUACACCGAGGUUGAUCUGUCGUCCAACGCGAUCCGGAUGUUCACAGGGGCCGGCGAAAUUCAAAGCCGAGCACAGGUGAAGAAGGAGACUGCUGCGGUAGCGGCCGCCAACGCGCAACUGCAGGCCCGCCGCGUCC